UACCAACCCAAUAAACAUUCGGAUGACUUUUGGAGGACUUGAAAGGUGUCGAAGACUGCAUGAAAAAACAUAUCAAAAAGAUUAGAAGCAAAAAUGAUUACCGUUGGAGGCGAUAAUUUCGACAAAGCUAUAAAAAAAUGAUGUCAGUGAUUAUGACCGAUGAGUUAGCAAGUUGAUGUACUUGGAUUAUUAAAAAACCUAACAAAACCAAGAUUUCAAAUUAUAAUUUUCCAAACAUAAUAAGUGUUUAUCUCUUCAAUGCAUACUACGUUUGGGAAUCAACGGGGUACAUUUUUAACCCAGUAAAACGUUAAUGGUUGAAAAAUAUAGAUAUACCAUUCUAAGGUUAAUUUUGUACACGCGCGUGUGUACAUAAUAAAUUUACAUUAAUUUAUAUUAUUUCUUUUUAGCUUAUAUCACGCAAAAGUUUUCUACUACGAAUGAAAUAGUGAGAAAACGAAUACAACUUUGGCUGCAAAAGUAUAGUGAUCGUAUAAGUUAUUUUGUUUAAUACGCUUAUAAUUUUCUAAAUGUGAUGUUUUUGUAAUGUGUAGACAUAAUAAAUAUUGAGUAUACAUACUGUUACGUCCGGCCGAGAUUUCGAGCCGGCCGUCAUGAUCCAGGCGAGGAUCGCGGCCUGCGAUGACGCGUUGCCAAGACAACGCGCACGCUGGCAAAUUCACGCGCUCUCGGUGCCGGGCUCGAGCGAUCACGCGCUGCGAGCGUGCGGGCCACUCGAUCGGCACGUACACUUUAAUUAAAAGUAGUAAUUUUUGAUGAUCCGCGCUAGAGAUCAUUAAGACGCGAAAAGGGGAGUAAUCCUCCCCCUAGCCGGGUUCCCCCCGAGGCGCCUCAAAACUAUACAUUUAGUAGAAAUCGCGUAAAUCAAUCAAUUAACGGGACAAGGUAAUUAACCCACUAAAAAGAAACUGGCAAGCGCUCCCGCUGGCGCCGACGUGGCCAUGCCCACGCGGGACCGUUCGGAGUAUGGAUAUUGGGGGCCCAACGCCCUUAAUUGAUUGAUAAGCGAAUUAAAAGAGAUCGAACACGCGGAGGAGCACGCUGCCCCUCCGUGAUCCAGAAUCUCGCUAUCCUAACUCCACUCGUAAAAACUCGAGUGAAGAAUGCAGGCGAUUGCAGGGAACGUGGGGCAGUCACACACCCCGCGACCAAAAAUUGUGAAUGGGGAAGCGGUACUUCAUCUAGUGACCAUAGAGCCGUAUCCGGUAAUUCGCUAAUUGCCAAAUUACGUGACAGGCACUGGAUAAUUUACUGCUCCCCUUUCCACGCUCUUCACCCCCGAACUCAGUUGGGAGUAUAAAAGGCGCAGAUUUCGCGCAGAUUUUGAAGAUUUUGCCUCCUCGUCUCGCGCCGAAAGGUCGUUGGACAUAGUUCCUAUUUUCGAUUUAAAGACUUAGAAUAUUUUUCGCGCAUUAAAGACUUAGAAUAUUUUUCGCGCAUUAAAGACUUAGAAUAUUUUUCGCGCAUUAAAGACUUAGAAUAUUUUUCGCGCAUUGAAGACUUAGAAUAUUUUCACGUUAAAACUCAGAAUAAUUUCUUGUGUCGAGCAAAAGGACUCGACAUACAUUCAAUUCUCGAAUAAAUUGUAACACCAGAGAAGGCAAUUUCUCCCUCACCCUAUUAAUACGUUCCGUAUAUUACAGAUAGCGAUUUCCGAUCACCGUGAUCGUACGUGCGUGCGAGUGCAACCGACGUGUGAAAUCGACGAGUGUAAAGGUGCUAAUUCUCUCUUUUCUUAUUAUUAAAGCGAUUAUAUUUGUGACAAGCAGGAUUCUUUCUUUUCUUCUUUUUUUCUUGUGUGCGUUCCUUUCGCUCUGCGUAGAGUGUCGUGUGACAGUGGUGGUGCUUCGGUCCUUCGUGAAACUUUAUUUCCUCUCACAGACAGUGAGAGUUGCGAACUUGGCGCUAAGCUGUAGUUCCGCAAGGAACUCAGUGGCCCCCGUCAUACGCAGAGUGAGCGCGAUCGCGUUCUCUCGCGGCAAUCGGGAGGAUCGCCUGCCACGUUCGUUUAUCUCUCCCUGUCGCCCUUCUAUCCCUUCGAGGACACCCAGCCAACGGUGCGGGAAGGUGCGCGCUGUAAAGUGUACACCCUUCCCCGUCAACCGGCCCUGCGGAAGUCGGAAGACUUUAGCGUGGGCGCGGGAUAGUCGGCGCGCGUUCGCGUUCCGACAAACUGACAGCACCGGAGCGGACGCCGAACACGGCGCCGCUAUUUUACUAGGCGCCUCCACCCAAAUUCAUGGUGCGAGGUAUAUGUUCUUCGAUCCUCACUCUAUCCACACCUCCUAGUGAUCCACAGUAGAAUUCGUCGCGCGAAACACCUAUCGGUCGUGCCACCCGCUAGCAUACACGCGGAAUAAAAUUCUUACUAACAAGUUAAGCUUCGCGAAAUUUACUUCCGAGUAGAAAAUAUAAAAUAAAUUUAAAAGAGAGAAUCAAAGAAAUGGCAUUCUUCCCCGCAGAUGGGGAGAUCUCGCAGGGGUGGACGACGGGCGCGAUUAAGGCGGCUUGUUGAGCUGUUAAAGAGGGACACAAGGAACAGCGGGCCUGCUCCCCGAGAGACCGCGGCAGGGUCGUCGCGCAAGUCUCCCGCGCCCCCGGACGUACCAGGGGCGUGCGAAGUAGUCCCGCGCGCCGGCAGCCCCGACCCGUCGGAAACGGAAGAGUCAUUCGAUUACUCCCGACCGGUCGUGGUGCACCUGGAGGCAUUAGCCCCCGGGAUCCGCCUCCCCAGUAGAAUUAUCUUGAAAUUCAAAUAAAAAUGAACUAAAUAAAACUAAAUCUUUUAAUUCUCUCAUUCUCUAACUCCACAAUCCGCUGUCUCGUACUCUAAUCUCUCUCCGUUUCCGCUCGGCGGAGUAGAGAACGAUAGAAAAUAUAAACAAUUCGAUCCUUGGCCCCGCCGGACGUAACAAAUUGGUGACAGCGGUGGGAUAAAAUCAAGCGAUCGACCUGAAAAAUAAAGUUUCAAUUAACUACGGGAAAAAUCAAAUACGUAUAAAAUUUCUCUUAUAAACCAGAAUUACUCACCAGUCCAUAAGGGCGUAGAAUUAUCUGAGGAAGAAUCCUCCUUAUUUGUUAGAGAAAUUAUAUAAUUUUUUUAUUAUGUGUACGCGCACACAUCUAAGGCUUCUUCUCUCUUUUUGCAGUAACGACCUGCUAUGUGCAGAGUCACGCCGCCGACGAUAGAAUUGUCACCAAGGACGCAUGUGUCGCCUCCCGCCGUGAUUUUCGGACACCGGGCCUCUCUUGCAUACUGUUCUACCCUUGUCAAUUAUCAUAACGGGGAUCCGGAUUUGAACAUAUGCGUGAGAUGCGUCAGUCGCGCUAAUUUAAAGCCGCAAUUUUCGAUCCGGCAUAUAUUAAAGAUCAGUUCUCUCGACUGCAGUUACCUGUGUGAUUUUUGCGACGAGCCACUCGAUCUAAACCGUCGCGCAUCUGAGUGCCCUCGUUGUAAUCAAUUGUUCCCGUCCUUCGUGGCGCAUUUAGAGCGAAAGAACAUCGACUUCGAGGAGCUCGACCAGCCUAUCGUCAUCCACGCCGGACUCGAUCAAGGACCAACCGACCUGGUGAUUUCGCCUCGCCUCGCGUCCUUUAGCUUCGGUUUGCAUACCGACGCCGCGCGCAAAUUAAACUAAAAAAAAAUGGAGCACGCUAAUAAAAUUCUUUUUCGCGUAUACGAAGUAUUUUUCUUUUCUUCUCUAAAUGGUAUCGCAUGAUGAGUGCAUCAACAUGAUCUACGUGUAAUAUCGCCUGACGAUACUAUUUAAAAUAAUAUAUUUUGAGUAAAGAUAGAACGCGAUUUAAUUAACGACAAUUUAUUUCCUUAAAAAUUUUUACGACGCUUAAUUAGCCACGUUUAGAUCUUAUAAAAUUUAUAAAUAUUUAAUAGCAAAAAUGAGCAACGUAAAUAAAAUGGACGACGAAUCGGAUCAUAGUUUCGAAUACGCCGGAGCCUCCGACGCAAAGGCCGACGAGCAACUUAAUCUCGAGAAGCGCGCUAAAGAAAUAGCCGCAAAAGAAAAAGAAUUGACUCGCCGGCAUGAACUCCUCGAAACCAUGAUGCAAGCAAUCACAAGCGCGUUAUCUAUUAACCAAGCCGCCGCGUUUGCCGCAUCGACGCCUAGCGAUACAGCCGGUAGGACCACCCCUCCAAAUUUCCCAACGCCGUCUACUGCCGCGUAUCCCCCUGCGCAACCCGCUCAUGACGCAUCGGGAUUCUCAAGCGUACACGCUUACUCGAAAUCAUACGUUCGCGAUGCGCUCGAAUUAGUUCCCAAAUACGACGGGCAUAAUAUUCCCGUGUGGCAAUUCGCUCGCGCGUGUAAAAGAGCUAAAGAAUCUAUUCCGCUGGUCGACGAAGCUCUCUUCGUACGAAUGCUUCGCAAUAAAUUAUCGCAUCACGCGUACUUAGCAGUCGAAGACGAAACACACUUAACCGUCGACAAGUUUCUCGACGCGCUGAAAAGAGCUUUCGGUCCGGGCAGAAGCGCCAAUUAUUACCGCGGACAACUCAGUAUCGCUUAUAAAAAGCCGGGAGAACACAUCUUAGAUUUUAUCGGUCGUGUUAAAGACCUGAAAACCGCUAUUAUAGAAGGCGACCAAAUUACUUUUAAUCGGCCAUUAAGCGAAGCAGAAAUAAACGCUAUAGAAGCAUACGCGCUAGAAGCUUUUUACGAGGGACUCCCCCGCGAAUAUCGGUUAGAAUUAAAGGCCGAAGGAAAUUUUUCGGAAGCAUGCUCAAAAGCCAUUAUUAUACAUAAACGCCUCAAAAGAGAGGAGGCACGCUACAGAAAUACACGAAAUUCUCGUGCCGAUUCACAGACCACGCAACCGGUUAAAAUAUUUCAAGGCAAUACUGCCAACUUGCCUUCGACUUCGUCGGGACUUCGGGAAAUAAUACGCGCCCCGCCGACAAUACGGACGACAACGGCGGACGUAAAAUAUGCAGCUAUUGCAAGAAUUUCGGACACUUAGUCCACGAAUGCCGCAAACGGCAAUACCGCGAGAAUUACGCGAACAAUUACAACCGUACUGAAAAAAUUGAUAACAAUAACGUUACUCGGAAACCGGGAAACUACCCGCCGGCCUUGGCCAACGGGACGCCCCGAGGCUAAGGGAACUCUCGUCCCGUGCUCCCACUGGAGGGCACCCCAGGUACGUCCAUAUACUCCGAGGAGAUAAUCGAGACAUACCCGUCGUUGAGCUCGAGUCUCCAUGCUUCCGUGGACCAGUAGCAUUCAUGCUAGACACCGGGGCACAGCCCAACAUCCUAAAAGAAGGAUGCAUUAAUCAAAACGUCAAAAUUAAUAAAAAUAAUGUAAUUUCGCUUACCGGAAUUACCGAGGAAGUAGUUAACACCCUGGGAUCAAUAAAAGCUCGCGUAGUCGACGUCCCAGUGGUUUUUCACGUAGUACCGGAUAAUUUUCCUAUAAUUCCGCAAGGUAUAUUAGGAUCUUCCUUCUUCACAGAACAAAACGCUUGCAUUAACUACGGAAAUAAUAACGUUACCUGGCGGAAUUGCACAUUUCCAUUCAAAGAGAGAGAAUCUAUAGUGAUUCCCCCGCGUACGAAUCUUGGCUUCGUGGUUCGCGUCUCCAAUCCUGAAAUAAAAACGGGAUAUCUUCCGCGUUUACACGCCCGCCACGGAGUUCUCACCGGUGACUCUCUAGUCACAUGCAUUAACGACAAAACCUGCACUAGAAUCAUUAAUACUCUUGAUUACGAAGUAGAAAUACUAGUACCCACGGUAAAACUUCUUGAAGUUGCCGAAAUCUCGAGCACACCUCCAUAUCACUCGGAUAAAUCUCACGAGCCAAAUCAAUCAACUGGCUCCUCGCGAUCUUACGCUUGCCCGCCUCCUCAACCCCAUAAGGUUAAAUCUGAGACGCAACAUUCUAUCAAUUCACUUACUAAACUAAACAUGUCUGACGAUAACUUAAUUGACACUGAUUGCUCUACAGAACUCAAAUCAUUGUUCUGCACGUCUGAAAACGAAAACUCGCAUCUGCACGAGGAAUGCCAUUUCUCCGACGCACCUAAAAUUACAAAUAAAUUGUAUCGACGCACUAUAAAUAAAAAAAAUUUUAUACUAAUACUAAAAUUUCAAAUCUCGCUGAAUCUUCUAAUUGCAACAGUCUCCGUCUAAAUUUAGAUUCA